AUGCUAAAUCAACUUGCUGCCGCAAUCGAUCUACAGCGACCUUCUGCACCCAGCGAGCCUUCCAUCUACCGUGCUCUCAGUGAUGAGCCUUCGACCACACAGUCGUCACGGGAUCCGGCAACCCAAUCUUCACCGACAUUCCCUGUCGCUGAGCCAAAUUCAAUGCAUCGAUGCAUGCAAGAUCUACAAUUGCCAGAAGCAGUCAUCUCUGAGGGUAUUGAGCUGUACUUUGCAAACCACUGCAAUCAGCCGUGCCCCAUUCUGGCUUACUCCGGUUUGCUUGAGCCCAAACCAGGAGACCUUUUACCUCCGAUAAUCUUAUAUCCAAUGCUCGCUCUCAGUUUACGCUCGUGCGGCCAUUCUUUUUUCAGCGAUAAAACAGAAAUACGGGAUUGUCUAACCAAGUUAACACAGCUCUCAUGGGAGCUCCUCUGCAAGGCAUACUGUGCGUUCGACAUCGACGAUGCCUACUUUCAAGGGCUUUGUCUUCUGGCGCAAGUAGACUCUGGAGAUGGAAGGUCCGAUAGAGCCCGUGCCCAGGUGGCACUUGGAUUGAGACUUGCGCAAGGAAGUGGUAUGUUAGGUAUCAACUCGCUCAACGGUCUCGAGCUCGCCGAUCGAGCUCGUAGGCAAGAGAUCGUAUGGUCACUUUUUAUGUUGGAUAGAAUGCUUCUGGGAGGAAACACAAGAGACCCUUCGAGUCCGAUCACAGCGUUCGAGCUCCCUGUGAUACAAGGCGGCCCUUCCCACCCGGAUAUCCUUCCCCAACUAUCUGAGGUGGACAUCUCACUGAGCUCCGUAGAAUCGGGAGUGAUCGUUUCACCACAAAGUGCCGUAUGUCUGCAAGUUCAGAUCAUUCGGAUUUGGGAGUGCGUUAUGGCCAAUAUUGCCCAACCUCCAUCGAGUACCGAUGUGCCACUAUGGAGACAUGACUCGCCUCGAGCCGCAAUCUUGACAAGACUUUUAGACUUCCAGAUGAGGUGUGAAACUGCGGGCCACAGUUUAUCGUGCACAGGCUCACCCACUCGAGUGCUGGAAGAACCAGGCUUGGCGAACUACUUCCUCAUAUGGUUGCGGUUUCAGCUGAUUCAUUGUGUGAUCAACUGCUGCUUAAACCACCCUUUCAUCAUACACAUCAAAACAAUAAAACUUGAGCAUCGAGUGCCCUUGACCUUCUUGCAAAAGUCCUACGAGUUCUCUUUAAUCCAUGCCAACUGGGUCUUCAGACUCCUCAAUGACAUGGAUGACGCAGGCUUGGUGCUACAUGACCCCUUCAUUGGUCAUAUUGUCGCAAUUGCAGCAUCUAUACACCUAGAACAUACUAUAAGCCAGUAUCCCACAGUCGCUGCUUCUGCGAAACAAAAGUUUGAAAAAUGCUUGGGUUUCGUGAGGGGACUUUCGCAAGAAUGGCCAAAUAUGCAAGUUACUGCUUCCCUUCUUGAACAACUUCAACUGCGAAUCCGCCACCGAUCGAAUAUGAACUCCGUUGAGGAAGAGUACGAUGGUGCAGCCCCACCCAACGGGGCUCGUCAAGUACACCUUGAAGAAGAGGAUUUGCAGUUGAUGUGGAGACUGUUCGACUUUGCUUCAACAUCUACCAAGUUGCACGCAGAUUACGCUCUAGACGAAGAAUGGGCCCCUGACAUGACCAUUAUACCACAGAAUGCGGAUGACGUACCAAUUGAUAUGGACUUCCAUAUUCCUAGAAAUCCACAUGCAUCCACCGGUAUGCUUGUUCAGGCGACGAACUCGAGCAUGCCGAAUAUUGCAGUCGGGUCUAUUUAUAGCUUUGGGACUUUUGAUAUUCCAUAUGGCGAUUAG